AUGUGGAGGAGGAGGGGGCUUCACGUCAGCACCAGGGCAGCACGUCCCAGCCGCACACCUGCUCACGGGGACCCCACACGACAUGAGAACCCCAGAAAGAUCCACCCUACACGGAAGGCCAAACCUGCACAGGACCCCCGCCAGCCUGAGAGGAGCCUCACCAGACACCACGAGGCCAGGCCACAGGUGCCCUCUGCACUCAUCUCACCCUUAGGACAGGAUCCACCCUCCCACCCUCAGCGGUCUGUCUACACUGGGCGAGACCCUCACACCCUGCUGGCCACACACCUCGACCUCGUCUCUGUCCGUUGCAUCCCCCGCCGGGCACCCUCGCAGUGUGGCCCCUCCGGGUCUUCAGCACCCCUCGCCCUAGGAACCCGCGAAGAGGGUGUCCCCUCAGGUGUGAGCACACACGAGGACCUCAGUAGGGUCCACGCCAGCUGGAAGCAGAAGAUCCCCGCCCCCGCCCCGCUCUCCCAGCACCGCCCCUCCGCCGGCCCCGCCCGGCCUUCCGAGUUGUCCUGCGGCGCCCCCGCGUGGCGGCGGGCGGGGAGCGCAGCCCUGCGAGGGGGCCCCGGGGAGGCUCCUGAAGACCUGACGAGCUCCCCCGCCGUCAGCGCCACUAGCGGCCGUUUUCACACGCGGUUAAGUUUCAUGUCCUCGCGCAACAACCAGGGCCGUGAGCCGAAGCGUCAGGGGCGUCAGGGGCGCGGGGGACGCGAGGGGCGCGCGGCCAGGGCGGCGUCCGGCGCGGACACGGGCUCCGAAGGCGGGGCGACCGGGACUGGGCUCGGGGGGGCCGGGAGCGCGCAGCCCGGGGCGGGAAGGGCGGGGGGCCCCGAGUCGCGGGGAGGCUGGGCGCGGGCAGGAGGCCCCGAGGCGGGGACCCCCGCAGGCAGCAGGCGGGCGGCUGGGCCGCCCCACCGUCCAUCGCCUGGCCCCGGGGGCAGCCCGUCCUUCCUACCCCGGGGGGGGCUCUGCGCCCUUGCGUCCCCUGCCCCCCCCCGGGCCCCUGCCCCCCGAGCCCCUGCGCCCCUGCUCCCCGGGCCCCUGCCCCCCGAGUCCCUGAGCCCCUGCUCCCCCGGCCCCUGCGCCCCUGCCCUCCCAGCCCCUGCAUCCCCGGCCUCCCGGGCCCCUGCCCCCCGAGUCCCUGUGCCCCUGCUCCCCGGGCCCCCGCAGAGCCGGCCGCACGCCGCUGGACGCGUGACCGUCUCCGGAGCGCACGUGGCUGUGGGCCGGCCUCUCGCUGGCGGGGCCGUGUCUGGAAGACCGUCUGCGCUCAUCAGCCCCAGGGGUCCUUGGGCCCACGGCUGGAGCUCCGAAGGACACCCCGACGGCAGCAGGGUCCACGGGCGUCGGGCAGACACGCUGAGUGGCCCCGGUCAGCGCCAGGCCCCACCACUGUCCCCACCCUGGGGUCCAGGUGGACGGGCUGCCACCCAGCCUGAGGCCACGGCCGAGUCCUUCUGCCCCGAGGGGGCCUGCGAGGCUGAGGGCAGGCCUGGCCUCGGCGCGGGCCGCCCAGGUGUGCGGGGAGGGGAGGCGGUGGGGACCCCGUGUUCUCCGUGCUCCGGCCACUGUCGCCGGAGGUGCGCCCCAACCCUCCCUCCCUUGGGGGCCCCCGCCGGCCGCUGUCCCACCCCCAGCACGUGUCCUGCCCCAGCAGCCGCGACCUCGGCCGCCGGCCGCAGGGCCCUGCAGGGUGACGCCGCCCCCGGGGCAGGAGGGCGGGGGGCCGGGGGCGGCCUGAGCGGAGACCCUGAGGGUCGGGGGGCACCCCGCGGGCGGACCCCCGGGAGAGGCCCCCACCCCACGCGGCCGCGCGUGCCAGGAGCUUCGGGCCCCGGGUCGGGCGGCCAGCAGGGGGCGCCCUCGGCCCCACGCUGUGCGUUUUCCCCGCGGGCUGAGACCACCCGCCUGCACCGCCGCCGUGCGUGUCCGGGACGCUGGGACCCGCGGUUCUCGCCUCCGCCUGGUUGGGACCCCCCCCCCCCCCGGCCACCUCCGGGCUCACCCGAGGGUCUGCGCGUCGGCGUGGCGCGGGUGGGGGUGGGGAGACUGGGCAGCGACUUCGGGCCUCCGCGUCUGAGCCCAUCCGUGAAGUUCUCCUUUCAGACGCAGCGCUGUGUCCUUGGUGAACUUCCGCUGCCCUGGGCGCUGCUGGAGGCCCCGGUCCCUCUCCUGCGGGCCCCUGGGGCGCCCCGAGGCUGUGCGGGGCUGCCCGGGCGCGAGCUCCUACGCUCGGGGCCCCCUCGAGGCCCGUCCCAGACGGCACCUGGACCAGCGCGUGACCUCGGGAGAGGGGGGUCUGCGCAGGGCGGUGAGGAGUCCCCUGGGCUCGUGCUGCGGGAGGCCGUCGGGCUGCUUCCGCGGAUGCGCCUGCAGGGGGAGGGCUCCAGGAGCCGGAAUCAGACCAGCGCCGCCUCCUCCCCCCACAUCCUCAGAGUGCAGACCUGUGGGGACGCGCCCCUCGGCUCCCCGCCCAGACGACCCCCGGCACUGUCCCCGCCCCCCGCAUCACGCCUGGGCCUGCGACCCCUGGUAACCACCACUCUGCUCCCUGUUUCUACCAUUUUCUCCUCAAUUCCACAGCCUGAGCAGAGGAGCCCGAGGCCCGCUCAGCCGUCGCAGGCGCGCCUGCCCAGGUCAGGGUCUGGCCGGGAGGGGAGGGACAGUGGGCCCCGGUGGGCAGUGCGCGAGACCGGGGACCCCAGAACCCUGGGUGGGGGAGGACGCUCCUCCGGGGAGCCCGUGGGUGCCCCCACGGGGCCGUGGAUCCCGAGGCCGGCCCUGUGCGCGGCACUGCUUUCCCACGAUGACAGCCCCCCGUCCCUCACGUGCGGUUCCCGGGGCCAGAACCGGGACUGUUCUGAGUCCCACGCGGGCUGA